UUGUGAAAUUAUCUUCAUCGAAGACCCAACGAACGUGUCUUGAAAACAACAUGUUUUCCUUCUGUCGAUUGUGUGCUAAGCAGACGGAAGCGACGGCAUUAGCAACAGAACUGAGCGAAAUAGAAUCAAAGUUGAAAUUAUGUUGUGGAUGGAAACCAUCGGAAAAUGAGAUAGAAAUGCCAAACAAAGCAUGCGAUUUGUGCGUGGAAAAACUUCAGCAGUGUUGGAAUUUCGCUGAAAGUAUUUGGGAGGCGGAAAAACAACUCAUCGAAAUGGCAAAUGAAAUAAAAGCACAAAAGAGUGUGGACCCUCUGUUACACGUUGAAGGUGAUUCAACGGUGCCCGGUUGUGUUUCAGCUGAAUUUGAUAAAGAAGAGGAGCAUCACUUUGAUGACGAACUGUUCACAGAGACUGAAUCAGAUUCAGAAAGUUCGAUAGAGAAUUAUGAAACGCCACCGAAGAAUAUGGCCAAAAAAUUAAAACCAACUUGUUUUGCAUUUUUGGCUGCAAUAGCAGAUGAUGAUCAACUAUCCGAUGGCACAAUACGUCCUAGUGCUCUUGUCAAACUUGAAGAACAAUUCCCAGAAAUGAAGACCAUGACAUGGAACGAUUGCCAGUACAUCUGUAAAAUAUGCGACAAAGUCAUGAAAAGUCCACAGAAUUUUUGGGCUCACCAUAGAUCGAUUCAUCCAAUGGAAACAAAGACAAUGGAUUGCUUUUGCUUUUAUUGCGAUUACACGCAUAAACUUGAACAUCGAAUAAGUCAUCAUAUGGCAGUGCAACAUUUUCCACAUUUGAAAUACAGGUGCUAUUAUUGUUCUGAUUAUUUUUGGGAUAACCAUAAACAGAUUCAACAUCAACGAAUGCAUGUUGUUGUGUACAAAUGCGAAUUAUGUGACCAAACUUACAGUAAACACUCUUUACAUGCUCACGUUUUGCAAAAGCAUCUCAAGAUGAAAUCUAUCGAAACUGUUUCGGAUCCAAAAUUCAUUUGUGACAUUUGUGAAAAAACAUUUCGUACCAAAGGCAAUAUCAGACUUCACAUGGUUAACACACAUUCCAAGAAAUUAGACUUUAUUUGCGAUCAAUGCGGUAAUAAAUUUGCGGCACUCGGGACUUUACAGCAACACAUCCAGAGAAUACACAAUGAUGAAAAGUCAUUCGAAUGUGAAGAAUGCGGAAAAAGAUAUAGCGAAAAGUACGAUUUUAAAAAGCAUUAUAAUAAUCAUUUUGAAGUGAAGGGGCCGGUGGAGUGCACAAUAUGCAAAAAAAAAUGUCAGAAAACCUAUAUCAAAAGACACAUGCGUAUGCACAAUACGGAAGCCAAUUACAGUUGCAAGUAUUGCGAGAAAAAAUUUCGCCAAUUGUUUUAUCUAAAACGUCAUGAACGAAUGCAUACCAACCCAAAGUCGUAUAGUUGUGCUCACUGUGGAUAUCGAACGAUCCAUUGGGGAAAUCUGAACAAACAUUCAAAGAGGAUUCAUUCUAUCGAUUUGAGUAAAAGAAACAAGGAAUCCAAUACAUCCGAACAAAAUUCGGUUUAGCCAAAGAAAGGCAAAUUGUCUUGAAAAACGUAAUAAAAUUUCCACUAGCAAAUGACAAAAAAAAUUUGCAUUCGUUUCAAAAAAAAGAUAUAAUUCUGGAAUAUAGAUGGCGACACUAUAGGAGAGCUUCGAUCCAGUAAACACCAUCCAAUGAAUGAACACCACGAUAUUCUUUUAUUCUAAACAUGCGAAUAAUAAAUGAACAUUCAAUAAAUUCCCAAGACUCUCAACGGCCUUUGGUUUUAAAAUGUACGAAUUGUAAUAAAUGUAUACACAAUACCAAGUGCUUUUCAAA